UUACUUCCGUUUGCCUGAAAAGUGUGUCGUGUCGCCGGUAACAUUUGGCGUGAUAGCUCUUGCAUCUAAGCUAGCUAGGUAAGGACGCCAAACAAGUAUUGCGAAGGUGAAGGGACCAGAUAGACAAAGAUUCACGGACUGCACAAUUUGUCUUAACUUGAAAUGGCACUGCAAAAUACUGGAAGAAUUUUGAGGAAUAUAAUGAUGAGUCAUGGUUCAAAAAUGUCAGCUAUGUGUUCACAGAAAAGGCAGUCUUCAGGUUCAACCAAAAGGAAGACCACCCAGCUGAAGGAAAUGUUGAACUCAAAUGAAUUGGAGUUUAUUAUGGAAGCUCACAAUGGUCUAAGUGCCAGGAUAGUCCAGGAGGCAGGAUUCAAAGGUAUAUGGGGCAGUGGGCUGUCUGUGUCUGCCCAGCUUGGUGUACGCGACAGUAACGAAGCAUCAUGGACACAAGUCGUGGAAGUUGUAGAGUUCAUGAGCGACGCUACAGACAUACCGAUCCUGCUUGAUGCAGACACAGGUUAUGGAAAUUUCAAUAAUGCGAGGCGACUGGUCCGUAAAUUAGAGGAUAGAGGAAUUGCAGGAGCCUGUAUGGAAGACAAGCUGUUCCCAAAGACAAACUCACUCCAUGAUGGGAGGGCACAACCAUUAGCUGAUAUUGAAGAGUUCUGUUUGAAGAUUAAGGCCUGUAAGGACACACAGACAGAUCCAGACUUUUGUAUUGUGGCCCGAGUGGAAGCCUUCAUCGCUGGAUGGGGACUCGAUGAGGCACUGAAACGGGCAGAAGCUUACAGAAACGCAGGAGCUGAUGCAAUUUUGAUGCACAGUAAAAAGUCGGAUCCGUCUGAUAUUGAGGCAUUUAUGAAAGCUUGGAAUAAUCAGGGUCCAGUGGUAAUAGUACCAACAAAAUACUACACGACCCCAACACAGACGUUCAGAGAUAUGGGCGUUUCCAUGGUGAUCUGGGCCAACCAUAACCUGCGAGCCGCUGUGUCAGCCAUGCAACAGACAACAGCACAAAUCUACAAAGAUCAGUCCCUUGAAAAUGUUGAGAAAAAGAUUGUGACGGUGAAGGAAGUGUUCCGACUGCAACAGGAUGACGAGCUGGUACAGGCAGAAAACAAGUACCUUCCACAGAAGUGAUAGCCAUGUCCACAGAACAUCACAAGGCCGACUUUAAGAUGCUACAUCGUCGAUAAAAAACAUAAAAUAGCACCCAUGGUAAAGAAAAAUAUCAUGUCAAGACUAACAAAUGAAGAAAAAGUUUCUUCGUCCAGACAGUGAUCGUGAAUAUAAGACCGGAAGAUAUCUUCAAAAUAUAGGUGAAGCAUAUGAAAGAAUUUCGUCAUGAUGCAAUGAAUUUUUGGAUGGUGGUAAUAUAGGUUUAAGUAUAUAAGUUUUGGGUUCGUAAAAAUAUUCAGCAGCCUAUUCUCGUUUUCAAUCGAUCCUCAUUACUCUUUGUCGGAGAUGUAGCAUUUGCAGACAACAUUACGUUAUGAAGGGAUUUUGGUAUUUAGCUUUCUCAUUCUCUAAGACUGCUGCAGUUCUUUAAUCAAAACUAUGUAUUUUCUAAUGAAUAUAUUGAAUACAAAUUGUAUUUAUCAGAUAUUAAUCAUUGUUUAAAUUUAUGAUAUGCUUUUUAAAAGCUAAGGUCAUUAAUAUCUUGUAGUAAAGUGUGGUAAACAUGUUUUUGAUAUGUGGACUAAAUGUGUGGGGUUUUCGCCAGGUAUUUUAUCAAUGGGGUCCAUUUAGAUAGAUUGCGAGUGAUAUUUUUAGUUUAAAUGAUGUUUUAUUAAUAAUCAAGUACUUACACACAACAUCAAAAUACAAAUCAUAUAGGAUUUGAAAACAAGCUUAAAGUGAUAUUUCAGCUCGAGGAUCUUACAUGAAUGGCUAUGUAAUAUGGAAUUUAUUGAAAGAGUUCAGUCAUUUGAUAUGCCACGAGCAUUCUGGGGAGCGGCAAAUCAAAUCAUUGAAUUAGUUUGAUCAACUCCAUAUGACAUAAGGUGCGUGAAAUUAUGUUUAAAAUCACAGAACUCUUAUUGUAUGUAUUAGAAUAUUUGAUAGUAAAACUCUCAAAUUAUUCUCUAUGUAAGACAGGAUUUUUGACCUGAACCAUAUGUUUUUCUCUACAAAGAAAAUCAAUUGUGCGACGUUAUAUAUUUAUUACGACAUCAUAAUUACUUAUGAUGCCACAAUAGUGCUAUUACAUAUGUUUUACAUCAUUUAUUUAAGUGCUAAUGACGUAGAAGGAUAGGAUUCUUAUAUGUCAUGAAAAUACAUUGGGUAUUGUUGAGGUUUGUAGAUUGAAAUGGAAUUUGAGAGAAUUGUGUUAAUUAAGUCAGAACUUGAAUUUGAUUCAACUCAAUAUUGGGUUUAAUGAAUUAAAGUGAGGUUGUGGUAAAAAAGAAAAAAAAAGAAAAAUUAUAUUCUUAAUGUACAUAGUAUACUAAUAGCAGUUUAUAAUUUUUCUCUCUUUUUUUUUUCACUUUUAAUUUUUUUUAAUUUCUUUUUACAUUUCACACAAUAUUUUUGUAUGUUUAUCAAUCAUAAAACCAGCAGAGUAGAUGUUCUUGAAUAUAUUAUGUUACAUAUACUUAACCUAAUGAUCUCUAUUGCUCAAUCGCCCUGCAUUCCUUUGGCUAUCCAGCUGAGUUCAGGAACCUAAUACCCACCCAACCAAAACGAACAGAGUUGGCUCUUCCACCUGAAUUCUUUGCAUAAUUUUACAUGCAUGUUCAUGCAAUGUAUAUACAACAUGGUUUUAUUACAUUGUGACACAAAAUCGCUACAAAUGAGUCGGGGUUUAAUUCAGGAAAAAACACAGGCCUCGAUAAAAAUUCACAAAGAUAUUGUCGAACUUGAUAUAAAUAUUGAAGUUUUAAAAGAAUAUCUGUCAUGUGUGACUUUGUGUGUGGAAGAUAUUGAUUUUCAGAAAAGUUUUUCUUCCUUCCUGAUCUUUGCCUUGGUAUAUUAUAUGAAGGCUAAAUAUAAUUAAUUACUUGGGUUCUCAGGCCAAGGUAUAUUAUAUGAAGGCUAAAUAUAAUUAAUUACUUGGUUCUCAGGCAAAUUUUUCUAAAAAGAGAUGAGUGAGAGAGUUAAUUGUUUUAUCAUUUUAUUGGUGAAGAAAAAGAUGAGGGUAUGUUUUUUUUCAAAACAAAUAUUAUCCAUUUUCAUAAUAUACUGCUUCAAAAUGUGGGAAACCAUGAUUUAUCAUGACUUUUCGUCUUUGUUUCACAUUAAUGAACAUGUUGGAUAUAUCACAGGUGAAAGGUUUGCUGGUGAUGCUUUUUUCCCCACAUUCUUCUCCCAAAGAAAAUUAAGCAAGAUUUUUAUUAUUGAACCAGGAAAAUAUAUGAGAUGAGGACUUUUUUCAUUCCAGGGUUUUUCCAGUAAAACAUCUACCCCACCCCAGGACUCCAGGUUUGGUUAAGGGGUACCACCCAUAGAAUUUAUCUAAUAAAUUACAUAGAAGUAAUAGGAAGGCAAUCCAACCAUGGAUAGAAGUGAUUUAAUGUGGAGUCCUGGGGUCCGGUAGAUAUUUUAAUGGAAUAGCCCUUGGAGCAAAUGAGAUAAGGCCUGAGAACCAAAUAAUUAAUAUUUUUGCCUAUAAUCAGGAUAUAGUCUCCAUGGAAAUGUUAUAGUAGUUAAUAUUCUAACUGAUAAACAUCUGCUUAGUUUGUCCAGGUUUACAACUGUGCAGAUAGUUUUGCUAUAUUUUUUGUGAAACAUAAUUUUACUUUAUGUUUUUUUGAUUAUUUGAGAUAUGAACAAAGUUUUUCUUUUUUUUAACUCACUCUCUUUUAUAGCUAUUAUUUUCUGAUGUCAACGUUUUUGUUUAAAGAUCUGAGAAAACUAUAAUUUACAUAUGAAUUCUUUUGAGAAAUACAAUGGUAUCAUUUCCAUUGUGUCAUCAUAAAGGUCUGCGCAAACUAAUUUACAUAUUAAUUUGUUAGAAAAAUAUUCUAUUGUAUUGUUUCCAUUGUAUUUCAUGAAAAAAAAUUUCACAUAUGAAUUUGUGAGAAAUUUUGUAUCAUCCAUUGUGUUCUGCUAAAGAGAUUGAGAAAGCUUACAUAUGGCUAUGACGUACGCUUCAGCAAGGACGUACCAGGUAUUAUUUUAAUAUACACAGCUGUUCAUGACCAUACAUAUCCGUAAAACAUUGUGACAUUGACAAUAACGUAUUUAGUGCUUUGAAGAAUUCUUGUAUGUGUUUUGUUAUCUUUAUUUGUGUUUUUGAUACAGAAUUGUUAUAAUAUAUAUUACAUAUAAUUAUAUAUUGAUAUCAAGAUAAUCAAGAUAUAGUUAAUUAAUUGUUAU